AUGUCAUCAGGAAACAUCAGCUUUGUUAAGGACUUUUUUAUCGUUGGUUUUCCUGGGCUUCAGCCAGGAUACUAUGGUGCAGUGGCUGCUCUGCUGCUUUUUGCCUAUGUGUGUAUCUUAGUGGGGAAUGGAAUAUUUAUAGCACUUUUUACUCUAGAAAAACGCCUUCAUAAACCUAUGUAUUAUAUCAUCUUAAACCUGGUUGUAAGUGACUUAUUAUUCAGCACCACUACCUUACCAAAGAUUAUUUCUAGAUACUGGUUCCAAGAUGGUAGUAUUUCAUUCACUGGUUGCUUCAUUCAGAUGUAUUUUGUGCACUAUUUUGGUUCAGUCAGUUCUGUUAUCCUGGCAAUAAUGGCCUUUGACAGGUACGUAGCCAUAUGUAAUCCCCUAAGAUAUCCUAAUAUAGUCACAAAGUUGAACAUUUUCUGUCUUUGUCUGGCUGCAUGGGUGCUAACAAACACAUGCCCUUUAAUGAUGGCAAUAAGGGCUUACCCUCUGCCUUACUGUUCAGGAAACACAAUUAUACACUGUUACUGUGAUCACAUUUCUAUCACAUCACUUGCAUGCAUUAACAGGGCACUGUACGGAGUUCCAGCCUUUGCAUUUGCUAUGGUUGUGUUACUCGGUCCCCUGGCCUUCAUAAUUUUCUCUUACUGUGCCAUCAUUGUGGCAGUUUUGCAUAUAUCGAGCACUCAAGGAAGGCUGAAGUCAUUCUCCACCUGCAGUCCUCAGCUCAUCAUAAUUGCUCUAUAUUUUCUACCCAGGUGUUUUAUUUAUUUGUCUAGCAUCAUUGGUAUCAACUUCAGCACUGAUUUGCGAUUAGUCAUUAUUAUGAUGUAUAGUCUGUUUCCACCCAUGAUCAACCCCCUCAUUUACUGUUUGAGGACAAAAGACGUGAAGGAAACCUUACUCAAAAAGAUAAAAGUUUCAAUGAAUCCCCUAUUUAUUCCAACAAAGGUGAAUGUAUCCACUGUAUGUGUGUAAAUUCAUAUAGCAGUCAUACAUUAGAAGAAACAACAAAAACAAAAUAGUAUUAGAUGUAAACAUACUAAAUUAGUAUAGUAACUGUGAGAAGACAUACGAUUUAAUCAGU